AUGGACCACCGCCCUAUGCACCAUCGGUCCACGGCAUCGCCCGUCCGAGACAAUGCAGACCCGCUUGCCAAUGGAAAGAUAUUCCAUGUCAAGGAUCUCACUGCAAUGACGUCGCCAAGACCAAACCAUAUUCUGAAGGCGGCCAUGCUUCAGAGGGCAAAUAAGGAGACACUUGCCAAUCCAUUCCUUGCUGCUAGCAAAAAUCCAGCAUCCGCGUCUUCCCUUAUUUCUCGAAUGCUCUCCACUGAGCAGCCCUCUGCGCGGCCUACUAUAGCAUCGAUGCCUUCAGCCAACAUUUUGCACAAAGGCUGUACUGACAAUUUUGACCCCGUCAAAGCUGCGCAGGCCAAUGCCCCAAAUGUUAACAACAAUCUUUCUGAAAACACUACGGAUACUCCUUUGAUGGGAGGAAGGGCUGAUAAACCUUUGCCUGUCGGGUUCUCUCCCAAUAGCCGAUCGUUGGACCCAAUUUCGAGGCCCGUCGCAAAAAUAGACUCAAAUACUGGAAAAGUUCGGAAUAAUGACAGAGGCAGUAGGAAUGCCCUUGGAAAUGACGUGGAAAAGUCCCACAUCGACACCAGGAUUGAAAACAUUGUCGAAAAGACCAACAAAGAAAAUAGCUUGUCCAACGUAAUUGAAACCGGGAUUUCUGCUCCAGAUUCCAAUUCCGCCGAUGUCACUCUGAUCGAGUGGCGUCUUCAACGCGUGCCGAAUGACCAACAGGUUUGUGUCGGCCCGGUUUUACCGCCUCUAGAUCACCAAACAUUCUGUGAUUGA